AAAACACUUAACCUAACCUAAUACUACUUCUCUUGUAGCGUUUAAUUUAAUCAUAUUAUUUUAAUAAAUACCUAUUGACAUCUUUAGAAUUUCAUUUAUUGCAUAAGAAACGUACAGCUCUCAAAACUGCUAAUUAUUGGUCAAUAAACUGCGGAAACAAGUGAUACUCACUCACGCAGUGCCUGUUUCUGCAAAUGAGCAGUAUAAGAUGGAGGACGACAUAGACAUAGAGGAGCAUGAUCUGUUGAAUGACCCGGCCUUGAGAAGUGUGUUUCCAGAUCUUACCAUUUUGAAAAGUGAAAUAAUUGAUUUCAAUAUAAGUGCAGAAACUCCAUUAGAAACGCAUGUUCUGGAGAGAAAUGAAAACCAACUGGAUGGCACUUUGGCGGAGAACAGUGGGAGUCUUCCUCCUGUGUGCCCCACGCAUAACACAGAUGUCAAACCUGACAUCAUAUGUAUGGAUGUUGAUGGUACAAAAACUGUUGUUGGCGAUAAAAUAUCAGGAUCUGAUAUAAUAGUCUCUCAAGUUUUUCAAUUGAAUGAAUUUUAUAGCAACAGAAUAAAACUGAACAGUAGCGAAGAACAAGAUGUGAACGGUAUCCUAGAAUUGGACAACAAUAACAUUAAGAAGGAGGACAUGUGUAAUGAUACUGAACCAGAUGCAGUGAUCACGAUCAACUCUUAUGGAGAAAAUAGCAGGAGAAUAACAAUAUUAGAAAAGUAUUUACAAGUGAAUUUAGUGCUUACAGACUGUUAUACAUCUCUAUUGGACAAUAACUGUUACUGUGCUCAGUGUGCAGUGUUGUUCCCCACCACUGAAGCGUAUAGUGAACAUUACACGAGCACACACACCGAGACCACUCACUCAACUAAAGCCUCGGCUUCUCUUGUGAAACGUAAACAAAUCAUAUGCCUACGUGAGAAAGCAUUUGUGUGUGACUCCUGCAUGAAAACAUUCAGCAAAAAAAGAAGCUUGAUAGAGCACAUGUUAAUUCACACUGGCGAAAAGCCAUUAGAGAGUGACAUUUGCAAGAACACAUCUAGGUAUUCGUCCACGAUGAAAAGACACAAGUUACUUCACACUGGGGAAAAACCAUUCCAGUGUGAAACUUGCAAGAAAACAUUCAGAUAUAUAUCGGCUUUACAACGACACAAAUUAAUUCACGCUGGGGAAAAGCCCUUUCAGUGUGACAUUUGCAAGAAAUCCUUCAGUCAAAGAAGUGCUAUAAAAAGGCACAAGUUAAUGCACACUGGCGAAAAGCCAUUCCAAUGUGACAUUUGCACGAAAUCAUUCUACCGAAGACAUCAUUUGAAGGGCCACAAGUUAGUUCACACUGGCGAAAAGGCAUUCCAGUGUGAAACUUGCGAGAAAACAUUCAGAUAUGUAUCGGAUUUAAAACGACACAAGUUAAUUCAUACUGGAGAAAAACCAUUCGAGUGUGAAACUUGCAAGAAAACUUUCGACCGCAUAAGUUAUUUGAAAAUUCACAUGUUAACUCAUAGUGUCGAAAAGCGGUUCGAAUGUGAAACAUGCAAUAAAAAGUUCAUGCGAAAGAAUUACCUGAAAGCGCACAUGUCACUUCAUACUCGUGAAAAGGCAUUCGAGUGUGGUACAUGCAAGAAAACAUUUAGACACUACACCACACUGAAAAGACACAAGUUAAUUCACACUGGCGAAAAGCCAUUCCAAUGUGACAUUUGCAAAAAACUGUUUAACCAAAGAAGUGCUUUGAAUAGACACAAGUUACUUCAUACCGCAGCACAGCGAUAUGAUUCUGAGGGAGUCUGACAACAAUGUGAGAUCCGGGAAACAUGAGGAAACAUAGUACAAACCACAUUUCACAAAACUUAAACUGAUGACAUUACCAAGCUUGUACAUUUAUGAAGUUGCAGUAUUCGUCAAAUCGAAUUUAAACACAUUUACAACGUUAAAGAGUAAAAGGCACGAACAUAAACUAUUGUGCAUUCUCGAGGAUGACAGCUCUCUUCGAUAAUAGUAUAUUUGGAAUGUCUGUUAAAAAAAAUAACCAUUUACCGCAAGUUAUAAGAGAGACUGUUGUAAUUAUGAUUCAGUUUAAAAAUCCAUUAAAAAAACUUUUAGUAGCAAAGACAUAUUAUAAUCUACGUGAAUUUUUUGCUUACAAUCUAUAAAAUAAUAUAUUAUGACUAGCUUUAAAUUAUGUAAUUUUAUUUGUAAUGGUAUGCA